UAUGACGAUUGAAGAGUUUGUUAGUCAACCGGGCCGUCAACAUAUCCCGAGGCUCCACCCGGAAGAAGAAAACGGAGCUACAUGGUUUGGAUUAGAGGGAAAGAUAACAAAAUCCAUUCUUAAUAUUUUUAAGACGCAAUUGAAUAAACCUUGGCCAACUUACGGGGAUGUCGACGAAGAAACCAAAAAGAUGUGGUUCAAGACUUUUGCGCAAGAUUUUAAUUGGGAAAUCGGUCAUUCGGCAAAAGUGAGAAGAGCUUUUGACAUUCAAGCCAACACAUCCUACCAAAAUCACAUGUAUGCAUGGAAGCAAAAGUGGAAGGAAGGCAAAAAAAUGCCAAAAUGUCUAAACCCUGAAGUUUGGCAAGGGUUUAUCCGCUAUUGGAGUAUGGAUGAGACAAUGUCUAUUUCGUCACAAGCAUAAGAGAAUCGUAGGAGCGAACGUGGUGGAAAGAGUAUAGCAACCCACAAUGGAGGUUCCAUAGCCUUCAAAAAGCAUGAGAGAAAAAUGGUAUGUUUUCAAUUAAUUAUACCUUUAUAUUUGAUAUAUUUUUUAUUUUUCUUUAAAUUUAGAUGAUCGCAAACGGAGUCGUUGCGCCGGAUUGGAUAGAUGUUAUGGAAACAACCCACACAAGCAAAAAAACCGGAAAAAUUCAAGAUCCGGUUGUCGGAGAACGCAUAAAAAGGAUUAAGCUUCGGAAGAUGGAACGGCUAACACAACUCUCUCAAGAUGGCUCAUCAUCUUCAAUCGAUCUACCUCGUGAAGGAAUCAACCGUUUGUGUAUUGAGAAAGUCUUGUCUGACAAGAUGGGAGUAUCUCUUCGGCAUUUCCCCGAGACAAUGAACUUAUUCAACAAGUUCAAGAUCUUAACCGAAUCGUGAAAGAAAAAUAUGAGGCGGUCGAAGAAUUGAAGCAACAAAAUCUCAAGAUUACGGAGCAAUUCACCAAGACUCAUACGACACUCUCCCAACUUCAAAUUUCAUUUCUUCUAAA